AUGUCAACCGAACCAGAAGAAAAUCUUUUGGAGUUUUCGAUGAAAUAUCUAGAUGCAGUAUUUGGAACAGGUGAUACAUCAGAAAAAAACUUGACCCGAAUUGAAGUAAACGAUCCAAGUAAACCAAACAUAAAACCACCAGAUGAAAAAUAUGUACCCGACUCUCAGAAUUCCAUACAAACGAAUAGCCCUGGCACGCAAAAGAAUCUUCCUACUCAAACUGAACGGACUGCUGUUAGAAGCAAAGAGGCUUCAUCUGACCUAAUCAACUCCAAACAAACCACCGCUAAUCCCUCAACUGAAAAGGAAGUUUCUGCUGUACAAUUAAAUAACGAAUCAAAGGAAAAAGCUGUCACUGCCACACAGUUAAAUGGUGAAACGAAAGAGGGUUCUCUAGAGAAGAGAAGUUCGGGCUUAAUAGAUGCUACCCUUAAAAGGAAGUCUAUAAUAGGUUUAGAAAACAUUGAAUUUAGUGAUAACCUCAAUGCCGAGUCAAUCACUGAGGAGUUGCAUAUCGAAACAGAUAAUCCAUCACAUUUAUUUUGGGUGCCUGCACAUCUACACCCAGAAAUAGCUCCGAAUGAAUUCAGAAAGUGGCUGAAAAACCAUGCAAAAGAUGACUAUAGCUCGGGAAUAAGUUCUUUGAGAAGACGUAAAUCAACUCUUUCCCGGCAAUAUAUACCCUCAGAAAAUGAUGAAGACGAAAAGCCCGAGAAAAUAGUUGCUGAAAAGAAACUGACUGGCUUUGAUUGGGAAUCAUUUGCAGCAUCAGAUGAGAAUAUGAAUGUUUCAUUAGAAUCAACAAAGUUAAAUAAGCUACUAAUUUUAAAUGUUGAUUCACCCGUACUUAUCCCGAGAAUGGCACCAGCACUUAAACGUACAGCUCGUACGAAAAUUCGUAGAAAUUCGGUGGCCGGAGAACAGAAUCCUCGAAGAUUUUCAGCACAUAGGAGGACAAAGUCAACUCACGUACUAUCUGACAAGAGUAAUGAUGGGCGUUUACUGCAAAUUCGUGCGAAGAAAACAUCGGACCCAAAUCCUUCUAGUACUUUAGUAUUGCCACAAUCAGAUGAAUCUAAAAUUGUCAAAGAAGAAAUUACAUUAUUACCUCAUAGAAAUGGGGUCAACAAUGAUAUCGAGCUUGAUUAUAUAGAGUCUAGUGAUAUUUCAGGGCCCAUACGUAUAACUUUAAAGGAUGAUAACGGACCUGCACCUCGUAGAACGAGCUCUCUUCCUCAAAAUGCCCAUGAGUUAUCAGAUUCUCUACAAGAUCAGAUUUCAUUACCUGACAAAACAAAGUUAUAUGUUGACACUGCUGGCACGUCGAAAACCACUGCCGAAAUACCGGCGCCGACAUCAAUUUCACAAACAUCACCGGAUCCGACUGAUCCUCCGCAACAAAAAAGGACGUCGACAUGGACCUCAUGGCUUUUUGGCGCUAAUUCAGACGAAAAAGAUAAAGAAUCAAAGACUCCCAAAGUAAAGGAAAACCUGGCGAUGAUAAUGUAG